AUGUCCUAUUUCUGCACUUCAUAUCGGAUCUCCUCACUACUGAUCUCCCCGUCGCAUCGGUAUUUAUGUCGUCGUUUCGUCUCGUCAAUAGGUACACUGAAAAUCUACAGUUUCAGACGACAUGUUGCUGAAUUUUUCUCAAACAAGUUUGAGCCGGAUCGAGUUGAAGUUCUAGGACCGGAUUUGGCUUGCUUGGAAUGGCUAAUGGAAUGCGGCUCGACUCAGGUGACAAUGAGCGACGGUGAACAGAUCUCGAGUAUAGCUCAAAUGCGGAAAUAUAUCAAAAAAUUUGGUUUUGAUCUCUACGAUAUGCCAGAAUUUGAAGAUGAUAAAAUUGAAGAGUUGCGAAAAGAGUAUCUCUCGAUAAAGUCCGCAAAUCCCAGUGAAAUAGCUCAUCAUGAGCGUUGGCCGAACGCUCCGAAUACUUUCAUUUCACAGGUAGAUGCGAGUGAUUCUGCAAUUGCAAAUGCAGGUUUCGCAUAUUUCCGCGAAUGCCGUCAACUUCAGAGUUUGAAACUGAAUUUUUGUGACUAUUUCGGUGAUGAAGCCAUAAGAGAGUUGGCUCUUGGACGACCUGCAUAUACCCUUAGAAAUCUGGUAAGGUAA